AUGACGGCUGUGGUCGUGGUAUCCAAUCUCCAGUUGGCAACUGGGAUGAUCGUAGGCGCCUUAUGGUUGGACAAAAAGUAUACCGCCGUCCAGAUUGGAUCAGUACUUCUCACAACAGUUGGAAUCAUCUCUUGCGCUGUUCUAUCGUCUGACACAUCUACCCAGUCAACUGAGGGCAACGAAAUGGCCCUUGGUUUAGUCUUGAUGUUCACCGCGGUUCUGUGUGGCACCUUACAGACCUUCCUAGUGAAUCGUUGUUUUACGAUAUACGGCCCUCAAGUCGAGGAACAAUUACUCCUACAGCAUCUCAUCGGCCUUCCACUACUUUCAGCCCGAGCGGGGUUAACUACUGUGGUCUAUCUGUCCGGUAACAUGAUCCUAGCCCAGCUGUGCAGGAGGUAUCUACUGAAGCUGUCGAGCACUGCGCAACACGUUACUUGCGAGCUCAUGGCCACCAUACAGCGAUUCGCCUGUCUGCUUCUGUCGGCCUACGUCUUCCACGCUCCGCCUUAUCCACCGAAGACUAUGGCCUUGGGAGCACUAGCUCUACUCUCUGGCUCUCUGGCCUACAUGUGGGCCCCACAGUACGAUGAGGUUAAGAAGGAAAAGGAAGGGUGA